UCUCUCUCUCUCUUCCAACUCACACUAAAAAAAAGAAAAAAUGUCGAUUUCAUGUCACUCAUUAAACCCCAGAAUUUGGUGCUGUAGAUUCGACAAUCAAAACCCUCGUUUUUCACACUCUUCCCCCUUCAGCUUCGGCAACCACCAAAUCGUUGAUUUGGCUUCCCGUUCCCGAUUAUUCGCCGAUCAAAAAGCGUCGCCGCUUUUCACGGUUUAUAGCAAGAGAUAUGAGGAUGCCGCCGCGUUUGAAGAAGCUAGUAGUUUCUCCGACGGGGAAACCGCCGCCGCGGCAUUCACGUGCGUCAUGAAGUUCGGCGGCUCCUCCGUGGCGUCGGCGGAGAGGAUGAGAGAGGUUGCUCAUCUCAUUCUUAGCUUUCCCGACGAAAAUCCGAUCAUUGUUCUCUCUGCCAUGGGAAAGUCCACAAAUUAUCUCAUUCGCGCAGGAGAGAAGGCGAUCGGCUGUGGAUUUGAUAAAGUGUCGGAGAUUGAAGAGUUGGUCUUCAUAAAAGAACUGCAUCUUAGGACGGUGGAAGAGCUUGGACUAGAUGGUUCUGUUAUAUCUGGACAGCUAGAAGAACUGGAGAUGCUUUUGAAUGGUAUCGCUCGAUUGAAGGAGCUGACUCUUCGGACUCAAGACAAACUUAUGUCGUUUGGAGAGUGCAUGUCUACCAGAAUCUUUGCUGCUUAUUUAAAUAGCAUCGGCACUAAAGCACGCCAAUAUGAUGCAUUUGAUAUCGGGUUUGUCACAACGGAUGAUUUCACAAAUGCAGAAAUUCUGGAAGCAACUUAUCCUUCUGUUGCCAGUAAAUUAUACAACGACUCGACUAAUGAUCAUGCAGUUCCCAUAGUCACUGGUUUCCUUGGAAAGGGAUGUAAUUCUGGUGAAAUUACCACUUUGGGCAGAGGCGGUAGUGACUUGACAGCUACCACCAUUGGCAAAGCUCUGGGUUUACGAGAGAUUCAGGUAUGGAAAGACGUAGAUGGUGUUCUCACCUGUGAUCCUAGUAUUCAUGCAGGUGCCAAACCUGUGCCCUAUUUGACAUUUGAAGAGGCAGCAGAGCUUGCUUUUUUUGGAGCUCAGGUAUUGCACCCACAAUCAAUGAGACCAGCAAUGGAUGGUAAUAUUCCAGUUAGGGUGAAGAACUCUUACAAUCCUAAAGCUCCUGGAACUCUCAUUACUGGAAAUAGAGACAUGACCAAGGCUCUGCUUACAAGUAUUGUCCUGAAGCAGAAUGUUUUGAUGCUCGAUAUAGUUAGCACUCGUAUGUUGGGUCAGUUUGGCUUCCUUGCAAAGGUUUCUAAUGUAUUUGCAAUAUUCGAAGAUCUUGAUAUCUCUGUGGAUGUUGUUGCGACUAGUGAAGUCAGUAUAUCUCUAACGCUCGAUCCCUCCAAAAUUUGGAGCAGAGAAUUAAUCAAGCAGGAACUUGAUCGUGUGGCUGAAGAGCUUGGAAAAAUUGCAAUAGUGAAACUUCUGCCUCACAGAUCAAUCAUCUCUCUCAUUGGAAACAUCCAAUAUUCUUCCUUAAUUUUAGAAAAGGCCUUCAACGUUUUCGGGAAAAUUAACGUGAACGUCCAGAUGAUCUCUCAAGGAGCUUCCAAGGUGAACAUGUCACUAGUAGUAAACGACAGUGAAGCAGAAGAGUGCGUAAAAGCUCUUCAUUAUGACUUCUUUGAGAGUGGUGAAGUCUUGGAAAUGGACUUGGGUACUUCAUUUAGCAAUGCUAAGAUUGAGGCUGCUAUUCAAAUAUAGUGGCUUGCCCACAUAUGGUGGGGUCCACUUGAGGAAAUAAUUUGUGACGGAAGAAGUAGGCGGCAGCUGAUGCCUGGAAUAUGCGGCUUCAUGAGGAAUCGAUUUUUAUUUUUAUUUUUCUUUUUUAUUAUUUUUUUCCCUUAUAAAAGUAUGAAUCUCUUUUUUGUUCUCAACUUUUAUGCGGUGCCUAUUAUGUCCUUUAUAGUAUUUUUUGUUAAUUUUA